ACCCAGAGGUAAAGAGGGGUGGAUUCCCCGGUUCCCCAGUCCCUGGGGUAGGACUUGGGGGAGGCAGGCUGGGUAUCCAAGACGGGAGAAGGAGCUCACCCCAGAGAGCUACGGAUCAAGUGAUCCCAUUCCUGGUGAGAGGGAUGAAUGGAGGAAGGGGGAGGAGAUGGGACUGGCAGGUCCCAGACCCCUGAAGUGGGGACUGGGAACUGGCAGACCUACUGGGUUUCUAGGAAGACGGAAGGAGCUGGACAGAGUGGCAGGUGAGGGCCUGGGGGAUCCCUAGGGGUAGGAACAGAGCAGCUGGGUCCGUGAGUGCAGCCACCAGUGGAAGGUCUGGAGCUGCCUGCCUGGGCCUGGGGGCCCUUCUAGAGCCCCUCCCUGCACCCCAAGGCCUCUGGUUCCCUGUGGCUCCCUCAGCUCUGCGGCUACUCCUUGCCUGGCCGGGUCAUGCACUGCCCCAAGUGCCUUCUCUGCCUGUCAGCACUACUCACGCUCCUGGGCCUCAAGGUGUAAGUGUCCACGGGGGGGCCGGCCGAGUCGCGGCUGGGCAAGGCCUUUGCAGGCCCCCGGGGCACCCUGCCGGGCCCCACGCCAGCCAGCCCCGAGCCCACCCUGCCUGCUAACCUCUCUGCCCGUCUGGGCCAGAGGCGUUCGGCGUCCUGGACCCAGCAGCAGUGGCGGCUGGGGACCCUGCCCAGUGGGGAUCGUGCUGAGGCAGGGGGCUGCCAGGCUUGGGGGGCCACCGCUGCCGCUGAGAUCCCCGACUUCGCCUCCUACCCCAAGGACCUCCAGCGCUUCUUGCUGUCAGCAGCCUGUCGGCGCUUCCCACGGUGGCUGCCUGGAGGCGGUGUUGGCCGAGUGGCUAGCUGCUCAGAGUCUGACGUCCCCUACCUGCUGUUGGCUGUCAAGUCAGAACCAGGACGCUUUGCCGAACGACAGGCGGUGAGGGAGACGUGGGGCAGUCCCACUCCUGGGGUCCGGCUGCUCUUCCUGUUGGGGUCCCCCGUGGGUGAGGGGGGGCCUGACUUAGGCUCACUGGUGGCCUGGGAGAGCCGUCGCUACAGUGACCUGCUGCUCUGGGACUUCCUCGAUGUUCCCUUUAAUCGGACCCUGAAAGACCUGCUGCUGCUGGCCUGGCUGGGCCAUGACUGUCCUGAUGUGAGUUUUGUGCUGCAUGUUCAGGACGACGCCUUCGUGCACAUCCCAGCCCUGCUGGAUCACCUGCAGGCCCUGCCGCCCACCUGGGCCCGCAGCCUGUACCUGGGUGAGGUCUUCACUCAGGCCAAGCCCCUCCGGAAGCUUGGAGGACCCUUCUACGUACCCAGGUCUUUCUUCGAAGGUGGCUACCCAGCCUAUGCAAGUGGGGGUGGCUACGUCAUUGCGGGCCGCCUGGCACCCUGGCUGUUGCAAGCGGCAGCCCGUGUGGCACCCUUCCCCUUUGAUGAUGUCUACACUGGCCUUUGCUUCCGCGCUCUGGGCCUGGUGCCCCGGGCCCACCCAGGCUUCCUCACAGCCUGGCCAGCAGACCGCACCACCACCCCCUGCGCGCUCCGUGACCUACUACUGGUGCGGCCCCUCAGCCCUCAGCAAAGCAUUGGGCUCUGGAAACGCCUGCAGGACCCACGGCUACGAUGCUGAGGCUUACAGGGAACAGAGGGGAGGGGAGAAAGAAAAAGGACUGACCUGGCCUGGCUGGGCCUGCCCUUCCUCCUGCUCAGCCCCUCCCUCCAGACCUUGAUGUGAGCAAGGAGGUCUCAGAACCUGGGCUGCCUGAGCUGCUUCUGGGCCCUUCCCAGCCAGGGGCCGGGUAGGCAGGAUAAGGUAGUUGACUGUUUUUGUCUACUUUUUGCUUCUGAAAAAUAUCCAUCCACUCUGA